CUCCACUCAACGCCAACGCCACCCCAAAAGCCAAAAGGAAAAAAGAACCUGGCCCGCCUGUAUCCACCAAUUCGACCGUCUAGUGAGCCUCCUUCCCCGUGCUCUCCAAUGGGCUGAUGGCGGCCGUUCCUUGCCAACUUUCUCUCGGCUCACUAUGCCCUACUCAGAUCCCACCACGAACCAUCCCUUUCCCGUGAGAACGAGCUGUCAAAAAGUUGCAUCAUUCGCUGCCCAACUUUUGCCUUUGUCUUGAAUUUCUGGGGCCCUUACAAAGUGCCACCAACCCAGCUCUUCUAAAAAAGCAAUUACGCCCUCCAUCCAUGUCGAAUGCGCGGGUCGCAGCCUCGCUCCUCUGCCGGUCAUUCCCAGUCCCGUAAUCCUGACAUCCGACCCUUUCAGUCAGAAUCACUCGAUCCUACCUCAGCUGGCGGCCCCCCCAUCGAACUCGCGACCUUUACCGGCGCCGAAUCCUCGAGGAGAGAAAACGAAAGAGAAGGAAGCACAGAGGCAAGACGGUCACGGAAAAGGCUUCUCAAACUUGAAGAGCUCGCCGAGAGAGACGACGAGAUGAAGUUCUCCCACAGCAUUCAGUUCAACGCAGUUCCGGACUGGAGCAGCAACUACAUCUCCUACAGCAACCUCAAGAAACUCAUCUAUACCCUCGAGAAGCAGAUUAACAGGCCCGCGGGCGAGGCGCAACUUCAAGAUGAAGAAAACACGGCUCUGCUGGGCGGCUCGCUCGACCCGGACACUACCUUCAAGCGCAUGCUGGACUCGGAGUUGGACAAGGUCUGCUCCUUUUAUAGGUUGAAAGAGCUGGAGAUCUUUGGCGAACUGGACCAGCUUUUGAAAGAUGUGGAGAGCUACAAGGUGGAGACGCAUGAUUUGGACAUGGAUGAAGUCGUCGAAGCCGAGAAUCGUCGGAAGGCUGUGCGAUCGUCGAGCAUAUUCAACGUCCCCUUCCGUCGGCGGAGGAGGACUUCGACUAUGAGUGUCAGUCUCGAAGAACCCGAAGGCGAGGAUGACAGCGAUAGCGACGCCGAAGACCAUGCAGCCAUGAUCAGGAAAAAGACACCGGCGAACCGCCCAAGGAGUAAAAGUACCUGGAACACAGAUGGAUCGGACCAUUCUGCUCUAGCCGAAUCCCGCGAAGACCUGCGGGCGCCAGACUCGCCGGUGUUUCUUAGGAGGAGACCCAGCUUGGCCAUGGAACUCGAGGCGUCCGACCCGGGUCACCUAUCCUCAUUGUACGAUUCAGGUAUUAAUUUGAAAAAGCGCAUCAUCAGCAUCUAUGUGUCCUUGUGCGAGUUGAAGUCCUUCAUCCAACUCAAUCACACCGGUUUUAAGAAGGCGGCCAAGAAGUACGACAAGGUGUGCAAUCGAGAUAUUCGAAAAGACUACAUGGAAAAGUCGGUCAACCCGUCUUAUCCCUUCCAGGAAAAGACAAUGGUUCAUCUCGAUGAGAAUAUCGCAAAGGUGGAAAAGGCCUAUGCCGAGGUCGUCACCAAGGGCGACCAGAGCAUGGCUCGGAGAGAGCUUCGACUCCAUCUCCGCGAGCAUGUCGUGUGGGAGAGAAACACGGUGUGGAGAGAGAUGAUUGGCAUUGAGCGGAAAGCCCAAGCGGCCAAUUUCGGGAUCAGGCAGACCUUGCUGGGAGGAGUCCAAGAUCCGUCAAAGGCGCGACUGCAGGGUGACCGAGAAGCUAUCGACACCAAGGAAAUCGUCACUCCCGUGGGUCGAUACAGGUGCCCAAAGUGGCUGUUCAGUGGCACCUUGUUCGCCCUUCUCGGCAUUCUGGCGGUUUUCCUGGCCUUGCUUUAUGUCCCGAUCAUGAAGAGUCCCGAGCAGCAAAAUUGCUUAGCCAUGUUGGUCUUUGUGUCGUUGCUCUGGGCCACCGAGGUGAUUCCCCUCUUUGUGACCUCUCUGUUGAUCCCUUUUCUGGUGGUCGUCCUUCGAAUCAUGCGAUCAGACGAUAAACCUCAUCAUCGACUGAAUUCGAAGGAUGCGACCAAGGCCGUCUUUGCGGCCAUGUGGACACCGGUCAUUAUGUUGUUGCUCGGCGGCUUCACCAUUGCGGCAGCGUUAUCGAAAUACCAUAUCGCAAAGAUGAUGGCAACAUUUGUGCUCAGCAAAGCCGGCACGAAGGCCCGCAACGUGCUCAUCACUAACAUGUUCGUCGGCAUGUUCUUGAGCAUGUGGAUCUCCAAUGUCGCUGCGCCUGUGCUGUGCUUCAGCAUCAUUCAACCGAUACUUCGCAAUCUACCGGCGGAUAGUAAUAUGUCCAAAGCAUUGAUUUUGGGCAUCGCUUUAGCGUCGAACAUCGGCGGCGCAGCCUCCCCCAUCGCCUCUCCGCAAAACAUCAUCGCGCUGCAGAACAUGAAACCUGCGCCAAGCUGGGGGAUCUGGUUCUUCAUCGCUUUGCCAGUGUGCAUUCUCAGCAUCAUCAUGAUCUGGCUUUUGCUGGUUGUCAGCUUCAAACCUGGCAAAGGGACCACCAUCGUGCCUAUCCGACCGAUGAAGGAUAAACUCAACGGAGUGCAGUACUUCAUCAUCCUGGUCACGCUGAUCACCAUUGUUCUGUGGUGUGCUUCUCAUCAACUGGAAAGUGUGUUUGGGGAUAUGGGUGUCAUUGCCAUUAUUCCUCUCGUGUUGUUCUUUGGUACCGGCAUCUUGACCAAGGAAGACUUCAACAAUUUUCUCUGGACGAUCAUCAUCCUUGCCGCAGGAGGUCUUUCUCUGGGGCGCGCAGUAUCCUCUUCGGGCCUGCUCCACUCAAUUGCGAGGGCCAUCACAGAACGAGUGGACAACCUCUCCAUAUAUGGUGUCCUUGUGGUCUUUGCGUCGCUGGUGCUUGUAGUCGCUACUUUUAUCAGCCAUACGGUGGCAGCACUGAUUAUUCUACCACUUGUGGCACAGGUGGGCGAGAGCAUGAAGGAGCCGCACCCGAAUCUGUUGGUCAUGGGUGCAGCGUUGAUGUGCUCAGCGGCAAUGGGGUUGCCCACUUCCGGUUUUCCGAAUAUGACUGCAAUCAUGAUGGAAGUGCCCGAAACAGGCGUGCGGUAUCUGCGAGUCAAACACUUCUUGACCCGUGGCGUCCCGGCAUCUGUGAUUACCUUUGCCAUUGUGAUUACUAUCGGAUAUGGGUUGAUGAUGGCUGCUGGUCUUUGAUUUGUUGCUCUCAGCGUGGAUGCCGGCCCCUUCUUGAUGUUGUUUGUCAUUCCUUUCAAGUGUUCAUUGGUUAUACCCUAUAUUUCGUGGAGCCUGGGUAGGAGGAGAAAGGAAUCGGUCUCGCCGACCACAGACAUGACUGGGAAAUCACUAAAUAUAAGACCUUUCUCGAUACGACCGGUAUCCAUCCGAGCCGGCUGGAACAUCCCCAAUUUGGCGGUGUUGAAAAGCAAUAGGUCAACAGAGUUGUCUUCACAAUGGGAAGGAGAUACUCAUAAUCGACUCAAUAAACAACUUUGGACACAUUUUCGGUUGCGGCCUCAUUGAAUUGUACUCCGUAUGGCGGCGUGCACGCGAGCAUGCUUCUGUUACAAGUCUACUUCUCGAGUCUGGUUGGGCACGGAGGGCCUCUAUCACAAGAGUAUAGAUGGAUCCAUGCAUACAGGAGCGGCCAGCCUCGUACACAACCCCAGCACAAGUCUGCAUGUACACUGGGAGGGCACGGUUCUUGUCAAGGGGUUAUGGCAGCCGAAUUCUGUGCACCAGAUUUUAUCUGAGGCAUUGAUAAGUAAACACUUACUCGCAGCUCGCUCCUAGCUGAAAGAUAAGCAUUUUCUUGUAAAGGGUAUUUCGUCCUAUCCCUAGACAAUGCAGCGGUA